UAGGCCCGGACCUAGAUGGCCUUUCCACAAAUCCGGGCCUAAUUUUAGGACAUCCUCUUGGGAAAUCGCUCUCCUGCAUUCGAUCUCCUAAUGUAGAGGAAUGCAGCAUCGCCUGCUUUUGCUCUCACCCAUCCUCAAAGGCUGCAGUCACACCUCCGACCUGGGUCCUCGGUCUUCCCUCCACAGCCAUCAGCAGUCCCUCCUCGGUACAAACACUCUUCGUCCUCAGACUUCAGCUCCUAAGCCUGGCUGAGGAGGGAGGACUGAUGGAUGAGGAGGGAGGCCUGAGAGCGGUUGUACAAGGCCAGAACUGGCAAACUGUGGGUUCUGGCAAAUGCCAGAGGGACUGCUGUACGGUUCCAUAGAAAGUUGCCAUAUAGGGGGCUGUUUGGGCAGGUAGAGGCUGUUUUGACUCUCAAUCCAGGCCUGGUUUGUAUGGAGGACCGAGGAUGGCAGGCUGAUGGCUGAGGAGGAAGAGCUGAAGGCUGAGGAGGGAGGACCGAGAUGCGACUGCAGCCUUUGAGGAUGGGUGAGAGAAAAAGCUGCGUUCCUCUACCUUAGGAGAUCGUCGCAUGCUGGAGAGCGAUUUCCCCUGAGCAUGUCCAAAAAAUGCUUUCAGUAUUCUGAGGCGCGACCUGAAACUAUGUUAGCACCUGCAGUGAAUUUUAGUAUUACGUAUGGCAUUUUCGAGGUGUCACGAUUAAAUGUCCAUCCUCUGGCAAAGAAAAAUCUGCUACAAGAGACCGUUGCAAAACAGGAUUGCAGAACACUUUAAAAAGCCAUUACAUACGGAACGCACACCCUUUUCCGGUAUCAGGGCUAUCUGCAAUAUUUACAUCCACCCAUAGCAGCAGCCUUUAUGACGCACUAAGGGCGAACCCAGACACUUCCUGGUUUGUUUCCGCUUCUAUGGGGAAAGACCAUCUGUAGAAACAUGCUGUCCUGCAGUGUUUUCAGAAUGAAUUUUCCAGUUUACAUCAGAAAUUACUGGGCAAUCCUGUUCUACCUUGCAACCCAUAUCACUGGAACCUUUGGUGAGUGCGGACCUCCUCCAACGCUACCUCACACAGAACCUUUUGAUGAUAUAUCUUUUCCUGUUGAUGAAUCUGUGGUGUAUUCUUGCAAUAAGACAGCUGGAUACUAUGAAAUCCCUGGAAGAAGCAGAACUAUAACCUGUCAAGACGAUUUCACAUGGUCAACUGUCCCUGAAUUUUGUAUACGUGCUUGUGAAUCGCCCCCAAGACUGGAAUUUGCCCAGCUUGGGCAAGGGGAUAUUGACAAGAACAUCUAUCUUAAUGGUACUACAGUAAAGUAUGAAUGUCGGCCUGGCUUCAUAAAAAUUCCUCUCAUUAGCAGGACCAUAACUUGCCUUGAUAACUUUACAUGGACAGCUCCUGAAUCUUUCUGUCGAAGGAGAACUUGUGGGAAUCCUGGUGAAAUAGAAAAUGGAGAUUUUGAACCAACAGACUCAGGAUUUCAAUUUGGCUCUUCAGUGACCUAUAAAUGCCAUGAAGGAUACAGGAUGAUCUCAAAAAAGAAUACCAAGUUUUGCCAAGCAGAUGGAAAGUGGACUUCUGCCUUUCCUAAAUGUGAAGUAAUGAUCUGUACUGCCCCAAGAGACUUAAUUGAUGGGUUAUACAAACCUAAGAAGGAGGAAUACAGCUACCAAGAAGCUGUGACAUAUGUCUGUAAUAAUAAUUUAGCGCUUAUUGGUAAUCGUUCUGCAUACUGCACAACUGAUGGCACCUGGAGUUCUGAAGCACCUGUUUGCAAAGAUGUUAAGUGCCCAGAGCCAAAAGUUCCAAAUGCAAUUAAGAUUUCAGGAUUUCAAGGUCCAUACCACAUCAAUUCUGCUGUGUCUUUCAAAUGCAAUGAAGGCUUCAUGAUGAAUGGAUCUGAAAGUAUAACAUGCAAUGUUGAAAAUAAGUGGGAUCCACCAUUGCCCGAAUGUCUAAGAUUCUGUACCUUACCAUCACUUGAGUUUUCAAAGCUGAAAGAAGAAUACUCAUCUAGGAAACAUUUCUUUGUAGGCACCACUUUGGAAUAUGAUUGCCUGCCUGGUUACAGACUCAGCCCAAAAACUCAGGCAACAAUAACUUGUCGGGAAACCUUUCAGUGGUCUCCCUUGAAACCAUCAUGUGAACCAAUUGUGUGUGAACAUACUGGAAAGUUCAGUAAUGGAAGGAUUAAUUCCCAAGGCCCAUACAAAUAUAAUACUAGAGUUACCAUUAUCUGUGAUGAAGGAUAUACAACAAAAACAAGUUACCUAGAGUGUCAACGUGAUGGAAAAUGGAGUAAUUAUCCUCCUGUAUGUGAAGAAAUUGAGUGUGAGCAUCCUGAAAAGUUCAAUAAUGGAAGGAUCGAUACACAAGGCCCAUACAAAUAUAAGACUAGGGUUAACUUUAUCUGUGAUAAAGGAUACACAUCAAAAACAAGUUACUUGGAGUGUCAAACUGAUGGAACAUGGAGUAAUUAUCCUCCUGAAUGUGAAGAACAGAGCAUGAGCGUUGGGGCUAUCGUUGGAAUCAUCGUUUUUGCUGUCAUACUCGUUAUAGUUGCUAGUGCUAUCAUAUACAAAGUUUGUAAAAAAUCCGGCAAUUAUAACACUCAACAGACAAAAUUAAAAAUGCAGCACUACCCACUAAAAGGACUUGAGAACAAUCAAAUCCAUCCUCAGGAAACAAAAGGAUGAAACGCACAAUGUUCAUUACACAGCUUGCACUGCAUAAUCCCACCAGGAUUUUUGAAAUUAUUUAUUUUAAACAUCAUUUGAUUUUCACUUGCAUCUCAACACUGUGCUGGGAACAAAUAUUUUUGCAUUAUAUAAGGGAAACGUUUAAACUA